AUGGACAAUGGGAUGCUUCCUAAUCUUAUCAUGAUCAAAAACUGCUUUCUUCUUUGUAUUUCCAUGGAUUUAGUCAGUCAUUUUGGCUUCUCACAGAUGCCAACAGCUUCAGGGAAAUAUGACACCAAUGAUAACAUUACCAUAUUCACUAGGAUCCUUGAUGGCUUAUUGGAUGGUUACGAUAACAGGCUUCGCCCAGGCCUGGGAGAGAGAAUAACAGAGGUGAAGACAGACAUCUACGUCACCAGUUUUGGUCCAGUUUCAGACACUGAAAUGGAGUAUACUAUUGAUGUUUUUUUCCGACAAAGCUGGAAAGAUGAAAGGCUUCGAUUUAAAGGCCCAAUGCAACGUCUGCCUCUUAACAAUCUCCUGGCCAGUAAGAUCUGGACCCCAGAUACUUUUUUCCAUAAUGGCAAAAAAUCCAUCGCUCACAACAUGACCACUCCCAACAAGCUACUGCGCCUUGAGGAUGAUGGAACCUUGCUGUAUACAAUGAGAUUAACCAUAUCUGCGGAAUGCCCCAUGCAACUCGAAGACUUCCCCAUGGAUGCCCAUGCUUGUCCAUUAAAAUUUGGAAGCU